AUGAAUAACCAGUUGCAGUCCCAAAAGAGCGACUUGCAAAAUGCCAAUGUUGUUCUUUCCGAUUUGACGAUUAGAAAUCAACUCAUCGAUGUCUCUUUAAAAGAGCUUCAAAAUUCUACAAAUGAAGUAGUUUGGGAAAGUUGUGGAAAGGCUUUUAUGAAAGUUGGUUCCAAGCAAUAUACAACAAAACUCGAAAGCGAAAAGAAAGAUAAUUCCAAUCUAAUUAAUGAUGUGAAUAAGAAGAAAAAUUACUUAGAAACUUCUAUCAACAAUACAGUGGAUAAUAUGAAUAAGGUCCUCGAUAGGAUUGAGCAGGCACAUCAAGCUUCCGCCUAA